CACCUUCAGGGUCCGAGCCAGCCUCCCCUCCACCGGCCGCUCCAGAACUGGAACAGGGGCUCCUAUGUUAUCAAUGCUCGCCGGGUCCUGAGGCACAGACAGCUGGGCCAUCGGCUUGCCCGGGAGUUUGCACGCCAGCUGUCUCAGGUGCCACUGAGCCCACUCCAGCCACAGAGGCGUCCUGCCAACCCAAGAACCGGCUCAAACAGAAGGAGCCUGACCUCCUGGACUUCCCUCCCAAGCUGGUGGCAGAGCAGCUCACCUACAUGGAUGCGGAGCUGUUCAAGAAGGUGGUGCCCCAUCAGUGCCUGGGCUCCGUCUGGUCCCAGAGGAACAGGCCUGGCAAUGAGCACCUUGCACCCACAGUCUGGGCCACCAUCGCCCAGUUCAAUGCUGUGGCCAGCUGCAUCGUCACCACAGGCCUUGGCAACCCAAGCAUGACAGCCCGGGACAGGGCCGUGGUGGUGGACCACUGGAUCCGGGUGGCCAAGGCCUGUCAGAUCCUGGGGAACUACUCCUCCCUGCAUGUCAUCCUCUGGGCUCUGCAGAGUGUCCCCAUUCACCGCCUGAAGAGGACAUGGGACAACGUUUCCAGGAAGAGCUUCCAAACAUACAAAAAGCUCUGCAGAGAAGACAACCCCCAGGGCAGGGAACUACUCAUCAAGGAGCGGCCCUCGAAUAAACUUGCCACCCUGGUGAGGCAGCUGCAGAGAGCGUGGAAGGGGCUGCCGAAGAAGGGUGUCGUCCCAUACCUUGGCACUUUCCUCACUGACCUAGUGAUGUUGGAUACUGCAAUGGAGGACUACCUGGAGGGCAAUGAGAUCAACCACUGCAAAAAGAAUAAGGUGAGCAUACGGAGCCCUGGCUCUAGGGAAGGGGAGGCAGCCCCUAUCAGAGACGCCCCUGGGAAGAACAUUCCUUGGCUCCAUCCACUCCCCUCCAUCUCCCAUUUCCUGGGACACGUUGCUAAGAAUGAAGUGCAAGACCCAUCUAGUCAGUCAGUAGGGAUCCAGAAAGGCAUCAAGGAGAACUUCCUGGAGGAGGGGCUGAUUCUACUAGCCUCUGAGAACAGUUUGGGACCGCAUGAAGUUGCAUGCAGGAGGGUGGUCCUGUGUGCCAAGACCCAGGACCCGUCCCCUGUCCCGCUGCUCAGCCCUCACCUGGCCCUGUAGCUUCCCCACCCAGGCUCGGUGUGCAUCCUGUGCCUCUCU